AUGAGAAGCUGCAGCAGUUUCACUGGCUCUGAGUUCUCAGAAGAGGAGUUGGAGCUGAGUCUAGAGGCUCAAGUAGACAAUGGUUCUGCUGAGAGUGGCCGGAAAGGUUCCUACGCCGAGAGCUCGAGUCCCAGCAGCACUGUCAGUGAGGCCGAGGAGGGUCGGUUGAAGAAGCGCAGCAGACCGGUGCGCUCCAAGGCCCGUAGGAUGGCGGCCAACGUGAGGGAGAGAAAGCGAAUUCUGGAUUACAACCAGGCCUUCAAUGCACUGCGUGUGGCACUGCAUCAUGACCUGAGUGGCAAACGUCUUUCCAAGAUAGCCACACUGCAGCGUGCCAUCAACCGCAUCUCAGCAUUAUCCGUGUUUCUUAAAAAUAACCCACCCAACAGAGCCAGCAAAGCCUGCAACCACUGGGAAUGCCAUGGACAACCUGGACAAGUGUCUCCAACCCGUCUAGAGCCCCAGGAGUGCAUGUCCUGGGAACAACCACUGACAGCCCAGAUGCAGAUGCACAGACUUCCUUCAGAGCAUUUGAGACACGUGGGUUCUACCUGUCCGCUAUCACCACACUAUUCCUGCUGCUCUCCCGAUGUCCAGCUUUAUGGGACUGGUGGAUCCUGUGGCAGUCCUGCCAGUGACAAUGCCAGCCCUCCUUGGUACGGGUGGCUGGGUGACGGGUUGGGCUACCAGGCUGGGGUUUGGGGAUCCUGUUCUCAGAGCUAUAUGGAUGGGCACCACAGUGAGGCAACUCAGACUCUGCCUUUCUCUUGGCACAUGGGUUAUCUCCAGGAGACAGGUGCUCAACACUGCUAUCCAAUGCUCUGA